CACGCGCUUAGCGGGAAGGGGCGGGGCUUGUGUAGCGAAAACAGCGCGCGCAUAAAUAGCAGCGCGGCGCGCGAAGUUUUCAGGUCGCCAGGAGACGCAGAGGGAGUCUGAGAGGAGCAGAGGAAGCUUUACAGAAGAACCUUCUCCGAAACAGGAGCAAAAAAAAGUUAGUGAAAGUUCUUACAUUUAUUUUAAACGACUCUGAAGGGACGACUGAUUAAAAACAACAAAAAACAAAAUGAAGCCAAUGAGCAUCGCGCGCGCCGUCACCAUCAUCCUCAUGUGCGUCUGCGCGCUCCAGAGUGCAGCUGUUCCUUUCCCAGAGUCUGAGGUACGGCUUGAGGAACCAGCGGAAAGCGACGCACCUCAGAAUCUGGAUCAGGGCGUGGCUGCAACAUUGGAUUUGGCGAAGGAGACGAGUCCUGAGGUGCUGUUCAGAACAAAGCGUCAGAGCCACCUCUCUCUGUGCUUUUACUGCUGCAACUGCUGUAAGAAUAAAGGCUGUGGGUACUGCUGCAAGUUCUAAUAAUACGGACCAUGUGCUCGUUUCUGCACUCACUCACGGGAAAGGACAUUAACUUAUUUAUCCUGCUGGACUGAUUUAUCAUUUUUCUUAAGUUCACCUGCUGAAUGGCUCCAACACUAUGGGCUAAAAUGCUGUUGUUUUUUUUUAAAACCAUAUACCGAGGUUAAGAAGGAUUGAGGUUAUGAUAUGAUCUAAUGCGCAUCUAUGUAGUGAAGAAACCUAGCCAGACUUUUUUUUUUUAAUUGUUUUGAGAAUUUUUAUUAUCCUGGGGAAAAUUAUCUUUUGACUACAAAAAACCAAAGUCCAGCCUUUCCACUUGUAUUCUUAUACACUGCCAAUUUAAAGUACGUCCUGAUUUUACCAAACAUCAGAAUUUCAUCACAAACUAGAUCAUGUGAUGGGAAAACAGGUUACAUAAGUUUAGCUAGCUGAACAGUGAACUUGAUCAGUGAGUUAACAUCAGGAAGCUGCUCUUGAAUUAUUAAUGAUGGCUAAACCUGUAUUAUUGUAGUUCUUUGUAUAGGUAGCUAGCUUGCUUAUCUAGCAUUGUUAAAGUGUAAUUUAAUCCAAAAGUAGCCUAUAUGCUACUAUAUGCAUAGUGGUGAAUGAUGACGUCACAUGAUUAAGUUUGAGAUUAAUCUUCAUUUAAAUUUCACCCUUGUUGACAUGGGGAUGGAUGUUUGUCAAUAUUGUGUGGGUUUUUUUUUAAUA